AUGGCUCCGUCGGCUAUCUCUACGAGUCCUCCACCAACCGACCGGGUUUCCUCAAGCCUUGCCAGCUACAGAGGCUAUGACCAUGUGCACUGGUACGUAGGCAACGCAAAGCAAGCUGCCUCAUACUACAUUACCCGCAUGGGCUUCAAGCGCGUCGCCUACCGCGGUCUCGAGACAGGAUGCCGCAGCGUCUGCUCCCACGUCAUCCGCAACGGCGACAUCACCUUCAUCCUCACUUCGCCUCUCCGGUCUCUGGAUCAGAUCGACCGUUUCCCGCCUGAAGAGCAGGAACUGCUCAAGGAGAUCCAUGCUCAUCUCGAGAAGCACGGUGAUGGGGUAAAGGACGUUGCUUUUGAGGUCGACUCGGUGGACUCCGUCUUUUAUGCCGCGACGAACAACGGUGCCAAGGUUGUUUCUCAACCCCGGACCCUUGAGGAUGCCGACGGCCAGGUGCGAGUGGCAACUAUCCAGACUUAUGGCGAGACCACGCACACUUUGCUGGAGAGGGGCUCGUACCACGGUGCUUUCCUGCCAGGAUAUCGCGUAGAAACUGGAGCAGAGGACCCGAUCUCUCAGUUGCUGCCUGGUGUGCACUUGAACCGGAUUGACCACUGUGUCGGAAACCAGGAUUGGGAUGAAAUGGACAAAGUUUGCGAGUACUACGAGAAGACUCUCGGCUUCCAUCGUUUCUGGUCUGUUGAUGACAAGCAAAUCUGCACGGAAUACUCCGCUCUCAAGAGUAUUGUGAUGGCCUCGCCGAACGAGGUGGUGAAGAUGCCCAUCAACGAACCCGCCAAGGGCAAGAAGCAGUCCCAGAUCGAAGAAUACGUCGACUUCUACAACGGCGCAGGCGUUCAACACAUUGCUCUUCUCACCGACGACAUCAUCCGAGACAUUACCAACCUCAAGGCUCGCGGUGUUGAAUUCAUCAAGGUCCCAGACACAUACUACGAAGACAUAAAGGUGCGGCUGAAGAAAGCUGGCCUGACUCUCCAUGAGGACUUCGAGACAAUUCGCAGCCUGGACAUCCUCAUUGACUUUGAUGAGGGCGGAUAUCUACUGCAGCUGUUUACCAAGCAUUUGAUGGAUCGUCCCACCGUCUUCAUUGAAAUCAUCCAGAGACACAACUUCUCCGGCUUUGGCGCCGGCAACUUCAAAUCGCUCUUUGAGGCCAUUGAACGGGAACAGGCCCUCCGUGGCAACCUUGUAUAGGAAUUUCUGGUUUUUUUUUCUGCUCAUUCGCAUCGUUUGAUCUCUGUUGGAUACCAGGCAUGUAGCUUUGCAUUGUACGUAGCGUUUGUUCUAAAAUGAAUCAGGCUUUGGUUUCUUUCAGUAUUGGACAAACAUGCAAUAAUCCUUCUUGCAUUCCUUUCCCGCUGUCGUUUGUAGACCAUUCCAUUCAGUCCUCUUCACCGACAGAUAUGUCCAAGGGAUUAUUCACUGCCAGACUGAGAGACCCAAAAUCAUUCACCGCUGGUAUAACCCCUUUUCAACAUAUAAGGCCAGGAGCUUUCCUCCCAUGAAUCUGUUCUUGAGUCGUCCUGCCAUCAGCUAGACGAAGAACAGCAUGGAGGACCUGUGGUAUCAUUGUGGCUUCCA